CAUUCAGACCACUUGGGGGACUGUGGAUCUGGGGGAGGAGCUUCAGUUGGAGGAAGUAGCGCCACAGAUUGGAUGUGUGUGUUGAGUGUGUGUGUAUGUGUUGUGUGUUAGGAGCAGUUACCUCCACAGUGAGAGAGUCGCUAACCACUGGACUGUAAACGGGGAAGAUAAAGGAAGAUCCCGGGGAGGAAAGAAGCCGAACAACCGCAGAUUGUGUCCGUGUAGUGGCCGACCCUCGGUCCUGGUCGAAGCGGUGCAGCCGGUGGAGCUGACGCGGGCAGCAGUAUGCAUUCAGACUGCAGGCUGCUAUGGGCAGAGCGGUAAUGGUGGGCAGGAGACCGACAGGGGCCCGGGUCCUGGUCCUGUCGCUUCUCAUCAUCCUCACCGCGGAAACAUGUCGAGCGCAGAAAGGUGACGGCUGUGGUCCCAGUGUGCUUGGCCCCAGCAGUGGGACUCUGUCCUCUCUGGGUUACCCGAGGACAUACCCAAACAACACGGUGUGUGAGUGGGAGAUCAGCGUGCCGCGUGGCCACAGGAUCCACUUUCGCUUUGCGGAGCUGGACAUAGAGAACAGGGACUGCCAGGUCAACUACCUCCGCCUCUUCAACGGCAUUGGGCCCAAGAGGAAUGAGAGUGUGAAAUACUGCGGUUUGGGUCUGAAAGUCAAAGAUCUCAUCAAUUCCACCGGCAACCAGGUCACUGUCCAGUUCAUGAGUGGGACCCAUCACACUGGACAUGGAUUCUACCUGUCCUACUCCACCACUGAACACACAGAUCUAAUCACCUGCCUGGACAAAGGAACUGAUUUCCCAGAGGCAGAGUUCAGUAAAUACUGCCCAGCAGGCUGCCUGACGUCCACCGAGGAGAUUUCUGGAACUAUACCGAAUGGCUACAGAGAGUCGUCUCCUCUGUGCGUGGCAGCCAUCCAUGCAGGCGUGGUGUCCAACGCUGUGGGAGGGAUGAUCAGUGUGGUCAGCAGCAAAGGCAUCCCUCACUAUGAGGGCACACUGGCAAACAAUGUCACUUCCACUGGAGGAACUUUGUCAAACAGCCUCUUCACCUUCAGGACCAAUGGCUGCUAUGGGACGCUGGGUUUAGAGUCUGGCAGUGUUGCGGACACUCAGCUCUCGGCUUCCUCUGUGUGGGAGUGGAACCUUGGUCAGUGGGGCCCGUUGGGGGCACGCCUCAAAAAGGCGGGGCUGCCCUGGGCGCCCGCUCAGAGCGACCAGCAUCAGUGGCUGCAGGUCGACCUGAAGAGGGAGAAGAGAAUCACAGGCAUCACCACCACAGGCUCCACCCUGAGGGAGUAUCGGUACCAUGCCUCAGCGUACCGGGUCCUGUACAGUAAUGAUGCACAGCAGUGGUACAGCUACAGGGAAGCAAACUCCACACAAGACAAGAUUUUCCAAGGGAAUAUGAACUACCUGCAGGAAGUCAGGAACAACUUCAUUCCUCCCAUCGAGGCCCGGUUUGUGAGGGUCAAUCCAACGUUAUGGCACCAGAGAAUCGCACUGAAGCUGGAGCUGGUUGGCUGCCAAAUCCCUGCAGCGAGGCCGAGGACCGACGCCAGACCAGGACACGGGCUGAUACCCACGUUUCGUCAUGCUCCCCCUUCUGCGGGAACAAAGCGCCCUCGCCUCGGCCAAACCACACACACCCCGGAAAUAAGGAACACCACUAUGCCUCCACACAACAGCAAAGAUGUGGCGCUGGCUGCAGUUCUGGUUCCUGUGUUGGUCAUGGUUCUGACUGCUCUCAUCCUGACUGUGGUUUGUGCUUGGCACUGGAGGAACAGGAAAAAGAGCUCAGAGGGAACUUACGAUCUUCCCCACUGGGAUCGUACAGACUGGUGGAAGAGCAUGAAGCAGCUGCUGCCAUCCAAGAUGGUGGAGAGUGAGGAUUCAGUUCGGUACAGCAGCAGUGAGGUGGGCCGCCUGACGGGGAGAGGAGCUGUACCAAGAUUACACGCUGAGCCUGCAGAAUACGCCCAGCCGCUGGUGAGUGGGGUUACAACUUUGGGUGCACGUUCCACUUUUAAACCAGACGAGGGUCCGGACCCAGGGUACUCUGAUCCAGACCUGUACGACGCCCCCAUUUCACCGGACGUGUACCACGCAUACGCAGAACCCCUGCCAGCUUCGGGAUCCGAGUAUGCUACACCCAUCGUGGUCGAUAUGGGUUGCCAUCCCUCAGGUGGGACAUCUUUGGCCCAGCCCGCAGCUGUGUGCGGUUUCAUGGGGGCCGGGCCCGCCUCCCUGCUCACAAGGACAGACAGCGGCCAGUCGGGGAGGUCAGCGUAUGAUACGCCAAAGAACGCCACUGGACAGGUCAGUGAGGAUCUGACUUAUCAGGUACCUCAGAGUUGCACUCAGAAGCAGACGGGACAAAGCUGAGGAGUUGGGAUGCCUAUGGCCUGACUCCGCCCCUCCCUGAUCAGCACAACCCGAGGGCCAAACACAGAGGGUUUGUCAAUGGCCAAGGAGGCGUGAACCUGUGAGUCCUGGAGCCUGGGCCUGAGUCUUGAAAGAACACUACCUUAGCUUUAGAUUCAUCCGGAGAUGUCUGUAUUGCCUAAUUGUUCCUGCAUGGCCACGAUCUGCUUGUGUAGUGCCAUUACAGUCCUAUCACUGAAAGCACAGAGAUGAAUGUGUUAGUGCCAGGCGGGAGGGUCGGAAACGGAGAACGCUGACUACUAUUUGAUUAAGACUUUGUCCCUGUUCUGUGAUUCUUAGUAGUUCUUUCAUUCUGUGAAACUGUGAUAUCCACUAUUCCAUUUUUUUUUUUUUACCCUGUUACACGCUCAACCAGGUUCAAAUCUAAUGGUUCUCUUUUUUAAUGAAUUGCAAGUUGUUCCACAGGUUCAACGUCAAAUAAUUCCUCCUCUCUAGACAGACUCUAGUUUUCAUGGUACGUUCUUAGUCUGACUUUGUUUAAAAGCAUGACUUGAAAUUGUGUAUAGUUAUAUUAAUCCCAUUAAUGCAGAAUCUGUUAAAACUCUAAAGCAAUUUACUGAUAUUUAUUUCACAUCCUGCUGAUGAGGAGAGACUCAAAUAAAACCCCAUAUCAACCACUGAUUACAGAUUGAGAAAUUGUGGUUACACUGUCUUAGACUACGAUGGAGUGUUACGGACAUGAGGAAGUAAGUUCUGAGAUUUCGAGAAUAUAGUGGUAAUUGAGAAGAAAAGAAAUAGAUCGAGAAUAAAGCGAAAUCCAAAAUAUUUAGGAAAUAAGCUGCAAUGAGAACUGAAUGAGAAUUUCUUUAGGAGAGACUCAAUUUCUUACACCAUCUUUUCAAAGUUGUGAUAAAAGUGAAUUUUUGUUAUUUGUGAAACAAACUAAAUUAUAACUUAACAGGAUGUUCUACAUUCUUCACUUUAACGCUGACCACAGACUGAUUUUCUGCUAUUCCCCCAUAACAUUUUGCAACAUGUAUGACAAAAUUGUCUCGUUAAAGUUCCACUUUCUUCUUGAAAUCCACUUCUCCUUCAACUUGGCCCUGAUACUCCGUAGUAGUAGAAGCCUUACUGACGAGUGUCCCCCCCCAAGAGAUGUACAUUAACUUGAAGAAGCUGAUUGGGAGAAUUCAUUCAUCAAACUCCUCCAAAGAGAAAAUACUUUUUGUAGUAUUGGAGACCAAAUGUUGAACACAACACAAUCAGCGCAGGUUUAGCCAAAUAAACAGUGAAACAGUCUUAACAUAGGGAAAAAACAUUGUAAAUAAGAUGUAGAAAAAGGUACAGAAAGCAGAGGUAUCUGGGUGAAUCUGUUACAGCUGAUAAGUUUCCUGUAUCGUGAUGAUUGUCUCAUGUUGAAAUGGGUGCGACGUGUUCCUUGCUUGUUAUUAAUGUGCAUCGACAUCUGUAUGCGUGGAAAGCUGUUUCCAUAUUUCAGUCCUGUGUGUGUGUUUGUGUUGUGUGAUGAUAGUUUUUGUAGCACCAGUAGACUGCAUUCCCCUCCUGUCCACCUGUGGUACUGACCCGACCAAACACAACGUGGCAGGAGUGACUAUGGAGAAAAAUGAAUAAUGGGCCGAGCUGCUUUGAAACUUUUUUUUACCGAACAGCGACCUGCCCAGUGUGAGGUGUUGUUCCCUCACAGCUGUGCCACCAGUCGGGCUUUGAUUUACUGCUCAGUAACCAGGCCGAUCGAUACGCAGGGUUUUGGUGCUCGCUCCCUGGUCAGAGGGUUUGUGUUUGUGGCUCUCACAGAUUGUACAUAGAGAAAUAAAGAGUUAUUACGUCA